AUAUGAUCUUAGCUAUUGCGGGGAACAUCGAGCAUCAGGACCAAAGAGAACCUCUCAACUAGGUAUAUAAAUCCACGAAUGUCUCCUACAGAAUACCAUUCUUCAGACAAGCAACACUCCUACAGAACUUCAAGACAACUAUCAUCUACAGUACAUACAUCACUAUGGUCACCAAAUCCACCGAAGCAGCUUCGCGAACUCCCCAAGACCAUGCGUUGAUCGGAGAGGCAAAGAACAUACCCAUCAAUUCUUCAGCUCCCGUCGUCUCAGUUAGCCCGAUAACACUACCUGCACCAGGUUGUCUUCUUGAUUUACAACUCCGAAUUUCUUUUCCCAUCACGGGAAACAAUCUCCCUAUCAUACUCCUCUCCCACGGCCACGGACAAUCAAAUAACCUCUCUUCAUCAAACGGCUACGGUCCACUAGCCAGUUUCUGGGCAGCUCAUGGCUUCGUCGUCAUUCAACCUACGCAUCUGAGCUCCAAGUCACUGAGUCUCGACCCAGCUACUCCUGGCGCUCCCUUAUUCUGGCGUUCACGAGUCGAGGACAUGAAACUUAUCAUCGACCAGCUCGAACAAAUCGAAGCUUCUACUCCCAACCUCAAAGGCCGUCUAGAUCAGACUCGAAUUGCAGUCGCUGGUCACUCCUUAGGCGGACACACCGCCGGUAUGCUGUUAGGCGCCCGACUCAAAGAUCCCGAGAACGGAGAGAUUGUCGACUUGAUCGAACCGCGCAUCAAAGCAGGUAUCCUGCUCGCGGCACCCGGAGACGGGAAUGGAGGGGCAGAUCUAAGUGAGUUCGCAAGAGGAAAUCCGGCUUUCGCUUUGUUUCGAGACCCCAGUUUUGCGAAAAUGACAACACCGACACUUGUCGUGGUCGGCGAUGCGGAUAUUUCUCCUCACUUGACGGUCCGAGGUGCAGAUUGGCAUGCGGACCCGUAUACGCUCAGCCCGGGCCCGAAGUCGUUGCUCACGCUUGUUGGCGGCGAGCAUGGGCUUGGUGGGAUUUCGGGGUAUGAUGCUGGGGAGACGACGGAUGAGAGUGUUGAGCGUGCGGCGGUGGUGCAGAGACUCACGUGGGCGUAUCUUCGUAGUCAGCUUUAUGCUGAAGAUAAGGCGUGGUCUGAUGCUUGUGUUGCUUUAGAGGGGCUUGGUGGGCUGGGAAAGGUUGAGAGCAAGUGAAGGUACUUAAGUGAUGUGUAAUUAAUGUGACUACAGUGACACAUCGUUGCGUUUGCGAUUGAGGAAUAGCCUCAAUGUAUUGAG